AUUAGGAGUACGAUUAGUGUAACGAUCUUUAUCUCGUGACAACGAUUAAAAGCUUCGCAAGUUCGAUUCGUACGUGAGAACCUUGAUGUUUAUUAACAGAUUAUAUCAUGAAAAAAAAAGGAUUUCUCUCUCUCUCUUUCUCUCUCUCUCUCUCUCUCCCUCCCUCCCUCCCACUUUUUUUCUAACUAUCUUUCAUAAAUUUAUUCAAUCUUAAGAUCACCGAUAAAACAAAGGCUAUAAAAUUACUUGGCUCAAAAUACAUGUCAUAAUACACAUAUAAUAGAAGAACAUUGACGUUAAUCUCUUUGUUUAUUAGUAUCUCUGUUAAAUCAUUUUUUUCGCAUUACUAUAAGAAGAACGAUGACGUAUAUUAGAAAUAGAAUAUCUUUCAUUUUUUUUUUUUAUUUUUUGUCGUGUAAUAUAAUAUCGUGCGAAAAAUAGACGGCCUAGAUAAUAGGGAUGACAAGUGAGAUCUCGCGAGCGAUCGUCCUUGGAUUAAUUAAAAAGGAUGGCAUAAAAAAAGAAAUAGAAAUAAAAAAGAAAGAAAAAUAGGAAUAGAAAGUGCUUUUGGAACGAAUAAAAAAUGAUUGAGGUGUACAACAAUUAAAGUUGUUCACGUCAUAUAUAUUUGUCUAUAUACGAAUAUGUAAUUAUGUAGGUACAUAAUUGUUUUAAGUAGAUACUCGCAGACAAUGAGGUAAAUUCUAUAUUAUUUGUACUGGUUCUCAUUUUGAAUGAGAAUUUAAUUAGAACAUGUGUUAAAACGUCAAGGUAUCUUUCAAAGCAAGGACAAAAUUUAAGUGUGUAAUUGAAUCUCGUAAUUUAAUUUUAAAUUUCAUCCAUCUCAAAGGUAAAUUUCAAAGGUAAAUGAAAAAUGAAAGGAUUCGGAUCCUUUUGAUCAAUCGAUCUUUUUCUAUGCGGUUCAUUGACUUCCAUUAAUCUAUAUUUGAACAAAAGUAAUGCGAUUUGUAUUGAAAACUUAUUCCAGUCACGUCAGUUUUAAAAUCACGAAGAAAAUAGAAAGAGUUUGGUCUAAAUUCUUUGAAGAAAAUCGGACAGAAGGAUUAGUGUUUGUCAUUUGUAUAUAUGUCUCUGUAUGUGUGUAUGUGUGUAUGUGUGUGUGUGUGAGAGGAGGAAUGAGAGAGACAGGAGACAUGCGCUCUACGUGCGUUUCCCUUUCUUGUUGCAACGUCUCUUCGUAGGGUAGCAGCCAGUUUUCAUCCCUCAGUUCAACGCCGCGUGCGAGCGUGACACGAUGAGAGACUACGGCUCACAUUUUUUCACGCUUUUUUCUAACUAAAAUUACUAACUCUCGGUGUCACGUUUUUCUCGCUUUCCCCUUUUACGUGCUCUUUUCCAAUCACCGAACUUGUUGAAAGGAAAAAGAGACACAAUGACAUUCGUACCAAUUUAUGACUUUUAUCCGUAGUCUUACGAUAAGAUGUAAAAAAAAUCUACUAUUUCUUCAUCCCCUCUUUCUAUCUCUAUCUUCUUAUCGUCUUAAUUGUACUUAUCUUGUUUCUUGAAAAAAAAGAAAAAACAAAAAAAAAAAAAGACCAAAAUAAAACAAAACAAAACAAAAAAAAAGAAAGAAAGAAAGAAAAAAAAAAGAAAAGAAAAAACGAGCAAAGUAUCGAAAUCGUAAUCGGAGCAAAAAAAGAGACAAGAAAAUGGAAGAGAGAAUCGGUAUCGAUGAAUCUCCAUUGAAAUUACGAGCGUGAAAGUGACCGAACUAUUUUUUGUUUUGACGCUCCUCAUCCCUAUCUAUCUAACUUUCUCUCUUUUUCUCUCACUUAUCUAUGUUCCCUUAAGGCGACGAAGAUCGUAGAAAAUCGAUAAAUGAUGCUCGUUCGGUCGAUCGACCGAUUCUCGAUAAGAAAAUUCGAUUCUCGUAAAUAACGUACGUUCGACGGAGAUUUUUUUUCCCUUCAUAUCGAUUAAACACCUCGAAGAAGGCCUCCUCUGUCUUUCAGGGUGACACGAAGGGAAUCAGUCAUGUCGAUGUCGUUGUCGCUUGCGAGAUCGAGAAAGACGGGCACGUUUUUGCGAUCGUCCAAGUGGAAGGUGCAGUGCCUUGUGGCGUUGGAAUUUCGUUCAAAGGGAUAAGAGAAGGAAAAGGGGAAAGAAGGAAAAGAAGAACUAGCUAAACUCUUUGACGUCCGCAUCCUGACGAAAAAUAAUACAAAUCGGAAAUAGAAUUGCAAAAGAUAUUGUCGUUGUCAAAAAUGAAUAGUGCCAAUUGUGAUGAUAGUGUGGUCACACAAUGACGUGAUUUAUCACGCGAAAGUAUCCUCGGAAAAGAGGGGGGGGGAAAGGAAGGAGAAAGUUCCUGAUGAUCGAAAAGAAGAAGGGAUAGAUCUAACGAUGAGUGUCAGUAAAUUUCGUUACGCUCUUGUCCUGCUCGCGUUUACGCGCGAAUUUUUAUUAAUAACAAGUGAGAAGGAAUCAACGGAGAUCGAAAUGUCGAAGGAGUAUCUGCAUCGUCAACAGAGUCAUCGGCAACGAUCCUUUGCCAUGAAUCGAUUGUUGGAUAAAAGCUCGCGAGAGGAGGAUUCAACAAGCUCGAAGAAUUAUGUGGUUUUUGUCGAAACACCAGCUAAUGGAAAGACACGAGGUGUAACCUCGGAAUUAUUGUCGAGUAAAGAAAUUGAAAAAGAAUUGGAGACGAAUAUUGAGAAACCGCAAACGACUCAGAUCAGACAUGGCAGAUCUCGUAGUCAUUUCGUUAGGCAAAUCAAACUCGAAGAUCUGGAGUCGUUGCGUGUUAGGACAAAAAGGAUACAUCUUUCUUCAAAUUUUACCGAGGAGGAAAAGGAGGAUGAAGAUUCGAGUUAUUCGAGGAGAUACGAGUCAAGAGAAAGUAGGGAAGGUAAAGGGGAUGAUACGACAAAGAAGGAUCGAUGGUCUUACGGUACCCCAGAGACGUGGACCGAGUCAACGAGACAAUUGAACGAGCUAAUUCGUAAAGUCUUUCGACAGCACGCUGACGUACCUCGUAUCGAGCAUCAUGAGAAAGAAGAAGAUAUCUUGAUCAACAAGUUUAAAAAAAUUUCUCGAUCAGGUAAGCAUCGAAUCGAGGAUCCUUUCGAUUCUACGGAGAAUUCGAUCAUCGCUUAUGGCCGUGUUUUGCAUUCUUCAACGAUCGACGAAGACUCCUCGAAGAUCGAUACCAACGAAAAUGAUUUCGAUGAUGUAUCUAUCGAGAAUUCCGACAAGUUCGUUGUUCGACAAGUUGUUGAAAACAGUUCAAUAACUAAAAUCAAUGAUUAUGACGAUGUAGAAAAAAGUGACACGACAGACGUAAAUAUAGAUAAUCUUCCAAUGAAACGACAUCCCGAGAAGGAAUCCGUCCAAGUCGACAUCGUCACGAGAUUUCUUCGUAUAAUCGAGAAUCAACAUUUACUCGGGGAAAACUGUACCGCCGGUACUGAUCUCAAUCUCGGCGAAGGUGUCGUCGACCGUUACGCUCAAGAAAGAUUCCGGCUGGAGGCAAAUUUCGCCGUAAAUCGGGCCAACAUGCUUACCAGGUUAUGGAAAUAUGCACCUGAGGUGAUGCUUUCCUCGGAAUAUCUUCUUCAUGCAAGCGUCCUUUCAAUGGUCGAAUUCGAUGAAGAUAUCUUUGCCGCUGGUAAUUGUUACGACAAGCUUCAAUAUAAAGAUCACUGGCUCUAUUGUCCCUUUGCUCAUCGCCUUCAGGAUCAGGAGGGUGUUUUAGUAAAGGACUUAGCAAUCGAGUAUAAGUACUUGAGCAACAGCAGCGAGUGGUUUUACAUUGCCAGGAAGAACGCCGAGAGGGUUAUUGCCAGUAACAACCAAUUUAGCCGAGGUUUACAUACAUAUCCUUACAACGAGAGCACCUAUACCGAACGUGAGGAAGACGAAAUACUUACUGUGAAGUAUGAGGAUGGCAGAUGGUCAAAGCCUUACUACGAUUGUGGUGGUGGCAACAUUUGGAUGUUGACUUAUACCGUUCCUUUCUUUGGAUAUGUUAACGACACAUAUUUUUUCAAAGGUACCAGUGGCAUUGAUAUCGAUUUACGAAGAGUCGACAUAGAUCAGUGCCCUUUACCACCAGAAUCUAAUCAGCUCAAUAUAUUCGCUGCCAGUGACAAAUGUAAAAAGCGUACGACGAAGUGCGUUGCUAUUCCUGGAUUGGGAUUUCGACGUGGAAGUUACAGAUGUGAAUGCAAACGUGGAUUUUAUUACCCGGACACGAAGUCAACCAAACGUUAUUACAAUGGAACCGUGAUCGAGGAAGAGUAUGAAAAAUUGAUGAUGGGCGAAGAAAGUCAAUACGCCGUCGAAGAUUCCUUCGAGUGUCUUCCUUGCGCGGAGGGUUGCGAAUCCUGCGUCGAUGGCUCGCCCUGUGUCGUGUCCUUGAAUUGGCUCAUGAGAACAGCUAUACUUAUCUUGGAAUGUUGCGUCAUCGCUUGUCUCCCUGCCGUCGCGCUCUUCACCUGGAAAUACGGAAACGUCAAGGUGGUCAGAGCUGCCAGUCCCGUUUUGCUGCGCGUUAUAGUACUAGGCGCAUUCUUCAUAUACUGCACGACGAUCGUUAUGUAUCCUCAGCCAAACGUUAUAACGUGCACUGUACGAGUUUGGCUCCGAGAAAUCGGUUUUUCUCUGACAUACGGUGCUUUAAUGUUGAAAACAUGGCGAAUAUCGGUGAUAUUUCGAGUGAAGUCAGCAAAGGCGGUAAAAAUUACGGACGCCAGUUUACUCAAGCGACUUGGUAUCAUAGUCAUGAUAUUCAGUGUAUUUCUAAGUAUUCGUACUUUGGUUGCACCACCGGUAGUUAUAGUCGCACGUACAGCCGAUGAUUUGAAAGCAUAUCUUUGUCGAACCGAUUGGUGGGAUCACAGCUUUACGACGCUCGAGGUGAUGUUCCUUAUUUGGGGUAUCAGACUGUGCAUCGUCGUAAGAAAAACUCCGUCUGAAUUUAAUGAGAGUCGAUUUAUAUCGAUGGCCAUUUACAACGAAUUUUUGCUAUCGGUCUUCCU